UCCUGCCUGACUGAUCAACACAAUAAAUAAACCAAAACUAUUCGUCAUAUUUAUCUAUUGUCCUCACACAAUUAUUUAAGUCAGCCAUCAUUAUAAUUUGUCUUCUUAACUGCGCGUCGUCAGAACAAAGUUAAGAGACGAUAAUAUUGCAUAGUUAAGAAAUAAUAAUAAUGGCGGAACCAGUAAAUUUAGAACACAUCAAAGUACUCCUUCAAGACACCACAUUUCUCAACGAAUGGAAGCAAGUGAGCGACGCCUUAGGAAUCCCAGCUCGGGAUUUGUUCUCCAUGAACAGCAAGCUCAACAGCGGCAAUGCGACAAUGUACGAUGUUAUCCAAUGGAUGCUUGAAACGUGGCGGGGUCGAAAUGGGAACGAGGUGGCAACGGUCGCAAAGCUUAUUUCUGUUUUAGAGAGCGAAGAUUUACGAAAUGCUGCUGACCUUUUGAAGGACUUUUCGAAACGAAGUGCUGCAUCCACCCCGCAAACCAGGCCUAUUCCAAUAGAAAUGUCCACCCAAGAUAAUGCUGCAUCUGAAGGGAUGCAACAGCGAAAUCUUGUCGUACUUGAACGCCUGGAUCAAGGGACCUUCAGCGAGGUCUUCAAAGUGCGCAGCAUUUUUGAUAACAAGGAAUACGCAAUCAAACGGAUUUCGGUGGGUCAAUUUCUCUUACUCACGAAAACUUCUGGAGCGGCCGAUGCUUUCGAAUUUUUUUCAAAAUUUAUGCGAGAAGUAUUGGUCAUGGCGAAAUUGCCAGAACAUCCAAACAUUGUUGCCUAUCGAGAAGCCUGGUUUGAAGGCACGUUACAACAAACAUUAACUGAAUGGCUACGACGACCUGAAUCCAUGCCACCACCAACUCCUGUUCUAAAAGAUGCCCCUAAACGUCAAAUCGUUGUCACUGAAGCGGAGAAGAAUACCUUCAUGUGCAUAAAAAUGGAACUAAUGGACACCAAUCUUAGCCAGUGGUAUGAGCUACAUCCCGAUAGAAUUGGAGAUUUUGAGACCACUAAAACCAUUACGAAGCAGAUUUUAUGUGGUCUGGCGUCCAUUCACGGGCGCAAAAUAAUUCAUCGGGAUCUAAAACCUAAUAACAUCCUGCUCAACCUUCGUGGAAAUGAAAUUAUUGUAAAAAUCGGGGAUUUCGGUUUGUCCCGAGAAAUGCCCGCUGUCGACACGUCCUUGACUAUGCAAGUUGGAGGGCGAAGUUUCUCCAGCCCAGAGAUGGAACGGGGAGAUGAUGACUACACCUUCAAAACGGACAUUUUUUCCGUGGGGCUUAUAGUUUUGGUAACGCUGCACUCUUUCGCGACCGCCAAGGAAGUGGAGAGGACGCUGGACGACGUGCGGAGGGGAGAACAUGGGAUUUUGGACCGCAUUGAGGCCACCCAUCAACGACAGUAUGGCCUUCUGAGAGCCAUGUUGAGUCGAAAACCCGACCAAAGACCAACUGCGGAAGAAGCGUUAAAAUCCCUUUGAACAAGUCGUAAUAAUUUGUUUACAAUGAUACAGUGCACAAUAUAUAUGUAUCAGUAAAAUUCUUCUGAUUUUGAAAACUUAGAAUAUUUAAUGUGCAUGAAUAAAGUGCCAUAAAAAGUGGCAUAUGCGUCUAAA